ACCAUGCUUAGGACAAAAUCCAUUUGGAGUGGUGACGUCAGCCUGAAUCCAUCUGGAAAGACAGAUUCCAGCUGUGAGGAAAGGUACAUAUCACUACAACGUUUUCAGUGGCUCCCACGGGACAAUCUGCAUAUCAGGUAAAACUGAGUGAGAAGCUCAUUCACCCUCCUAAUUUCAUUCACUCUGCCGUUUGAUAGUCCUGCCCUGCAGCCCCAGCUCCAGGAUCUACCACUCCCAGUUCUGUAUUCAGACCAGAAGUGAUGCUAGUCUUCUCCUCUAACAAGUGCUGUCUUGAAGCACUGAAUCACAGCCCAUCACUCCCAUACAGUAUGCUGGUGGCGCACGUGUUCCUCUUCUUCCUCACCCUAUCUGUUCCCACACUGGGGCAGUAUGAGCAUUGGCUGUAUUAUCCCGAAUAUCAAGAGCCACAAGCACCUGAGCCACUACCCACACAGCCACCCAAGCCGCCCCCAACAGUCCACAUCCGCCUGGCGGGCGAGAAACGCAAGCACAACGAGGGGAGAGUAGAGGUCUUCUAUGAUGGGGAGUGGGGUACCAUCUGUGAUGAUGACUUCUCCAUUUAUGCUGCUCACAUUGUCUGUAGAGAGCUGGGAUAUAUGGAAGCGGUAUCAUGGGCACCCAGUAGCAAGUAUGGCAAAGGAGAAGGAAAAAUCUGGCUGGACAACGUACACUGUACUGGGAGAGAGAGAAGCAUUGCCGCCUGCAGCUCCAACGGGUGGGGUGUGACGGACUGCAAACACAGUGAGGAUGUGGGGGUGCAGUGCAGUGACCGCAGGAUUCCCGGUUUCAAGUCCAACAAUGCCUUGGUGGAACGGCUGCAGGAGCUGAACAUUGAGGUGGAAGAAGUGCGCAUACGUGCUAUUCUGUCCACGUAUCGCAAGCGCGUUCCUGUAACAGAGGGGUACGUGGAAGUGAAGGUGGACGGGACCUGGAAGCAGGUGUGUGACACCAACUGGACCCAGAAGGCUAGCCGAGUUAUAUGUGGCAUGUUUGGCUUCCCCGGGGAGAGGAAAUACAACCAGAAGGUGUACAAGAUGUUUGCAACUCGCAGGAAGCACAGCUACUGGCAGUUCUCAGCUAACUGCACCGGGAAUGAGGCGCAUAUAUCUUCCUGCAGCGUGGGCGGUGUACUUCCUCCGGAUCCUAUCACGAAUGAGAUCUGCUCUGAUGGUGCUCCCGCUGUGGUCAGCUGUACCCCAGGACGAGCCUUCGCCCCCAGCCCUGCCAUAGGCUUCCGAAAGGCAUUCCGCCAAGAGGUACCGAUGGUGCGUCUGAAGGGUGGAGCUAAUAUUGGGGAAGGACGGGUUGAGGUUCUGAAGAAUAAUGAAUGGGGGACCAUUUGUGACGACCGCUGGAAUUUAGUGUCUGCCAGCGUGGUCUGCCGGGAACUGGGAUUUGGAAGUGCCAAAGAGGCCUUAGUAGGCGCAGAGUUGGGUCAAGGAAUGGGCCACAUUCAUAUGAGUGACAUUCAGUGCACUGGCUUUGAGAAGUCACUGAUAGAUUGCAAAUGUAAUGCCCACCCCCAGACCUGCAACCACGAGGAGGACGCUUCAGUGAGGUGUAAUGUACCAGCCAUGGGCUUUCAGAAUCAGAUACGUCUGAGUGGGGGACGUCAUCCCACUGAGGGGCGUGUGGAGGUACUGAUGGAGCGUAAUGGUACCCUACGCUGGGGGACUGUGUGUAGCGACGGCUGGGGCACCAUGGAAGCCAUGAUUGUGUGUCGGCAACUAGGACUGGGUUUUGCCAGCCAUGCAUUCCAGGAAACAUGGUACUGGCACGGUGAAGUCACCGCAGAUGAUGUCGUUAUGAGCGGCGUGAAGUGCUCGGGCACAGAGAUGUCACUGUCACACUGCAGACACGACGGACCCAACGUCAACUGCCCCCGAGGAGGAGGACGGUUUGCUGCAGGACUGAGCUGUGCAGAGACUGCACCUGAUCUUGUCCUAAAUGCCCCCCUGGUAGAGCAGACCACAUACUUGGAGGACAGACCUAUGUUUAUGCUUCAAUGUGCACAUGAAGAGGAAUGCCUUUCCUCCUCGGCCGCCCACACCAGUCCUACCUCUGGCUACCGCCGUUUGCUGCGCUUCAGCUCCCAGAUACACAACAAUGGACAGGCUGACUUCCGACCUAAGACAGGGCGCCAUGCAUGGAUAUGGCAUGAGUGCCACCGUCACUACCACAGUAUGGAAGUCUUCACUCACUACGACCUGCUGAGUCUGAAUGGAACAAAGAUUGCAGAGGGGCACAAAGCCAGCUUCUGUCUGGAGGACUCAGAGUGUGAAACAGACACACAGAAGCAAUACGUCUGCGCUAACUUUGGGGAACAAGGCAUCAGCGUUGGCUGCUGGGAUGUCUACAGACACGAUAUUGACUGUCAGUGGAUCGAUAUCACAGAUGUGGCUCCUGGAGACUAUUUCUUCCAGAUUAUUAUUAACCCUAAUCAGGAAGUGGCAGAGUCAGAUUACACCAACAACAUCAUGAAGUGCCGCUGUCGAUACGAUGGCCAACGCGUAUGGAUGUACAACUGCCAUUUAGGUGGAUCUUACAGCACAGAGACAGAGGAGCGGUUUGAACAAUAUAGCGGGCUCAUUAAUAACCAGCUCUCCGUCCGAUAGGAGCGACACAGGAUUAUUCGCACCUGCAUCCAGUAGACAAGAUGAGCCGUGUGCGCUCCAGUAACAAGCCAGGCCUGUGGAAUAAGCACCUGGGGGCGCAGGACAUAUGGAAACUCUCCUUCUGGCUAAUCUUACAUUCCCUGGUACUUCUCCAGCGGGGCAGACCCAGCAUGAAUGCCGGCUGUUGUCAGAUACUUCAUCUUAUCCAUUCCACUACGUGUCACUAGUCAGAUAUAAGAUGUAUUAUUAGGAUAUCCAGGCCAGUAAUCUGGACUCACAACUGUUAGAAUUCUUCCAUAGACAAUUCAAAAAUAUUACAGGAAAUACCAAAUUAUACAGGGCUGUGCAUCUGAUGGGAAAAGAACUGUAGCUGCAGCUUCACUCCCUGCAACAUCACUUUCGUUUAACCACUUGGCGGCCAGGCAGCUCAAUGCACUACCAUGAGAGCAGUAUGGCACUAGUUAGAGAGUGGUUGCCAUGAUGGCAAAGUGGUUAGAUUGUGCAAUUCACAUUACCAGGGACUGCAUUGUUAGUUCUGACUGUUACUUUCCUGGGACCAUCACAUCCACACAGCACGGGCAUCCACAUGGCAUUUAUGGUGCUACUAACUCUUUCGCCAGUGGAUCCGUCAGCACUUGUCUGUGUAACAGAUUAUGGUUCUAUACAACGUGUCCUACUGUGAGGCUAGCGCCUAUGUUGUAGCAGAGAACUGCAGAUCGGCCCUGCAGUGUCUAUAAUGUACUUUCAAUGCUCUGUGAAGUACAGACCCCUCUCUAAACAAGUCCAGCUUCUUCCCCAAGCGAAGCAGCAGCACUGUGUGCACUUAGUACUUAUAUAUAUCCUGUGUAUAUCUAGGAAUAAAUUAUAACUUAUUUCUCUUUACAAA